CUGGGCUCGAUUUCACUUAGAGAUACAAGAAAAAAAAAAUUAUAUAUAAUGUUUUCAAAUAUAAUAGCCUACAUUGUGUAUGAUUCGCAGUGGGAUGAGCAGAACAUGGACCAACGCUGCUAAUGUGUGAGGAUCAGCCGGUUAUCAUGACUUCUCAUGCCUCGCCAAACACGAAAAAGGACUUUGCUGAAUCCGCAAAAAUCUCAGCUGUUAUUUGUAGAGCAACACCGAAAUGGACCGAGGCAUGACUAUGGACAGCAGUUACGAAGUGCCAUUAAUCCGAAGUCCUUUGUAUCAGAAGAAUCACGGCAAAGCAUCGCGGUUUCCUCUUGGGUGUCUCCACAGUUUACCUCAAUCAAAGACACAGCAGUCAGACGAGGAGGACGUGGGAGGAAGAAGAAUCGGCUCCCUGCAAACACGAUAAACACAACAUCUAUUUUGUCUUUGCCUCAAGUUAGAAGAAAUACUGUUUGCAAAUAUUCUGCUUUGUCAUUUGAGACAAGCACAUCAAUCCCACAGAGACAAAUCCAGCACAAAAAGACUGCUGCAUGUGCUGGGGAAACUCCAAAAGCUCAAAGUGAUAUUGACAAAAAUUUUUCUCCAAACAACCAGAUUGAGGUUCCUGCAGAGGUUUCAAGACUGACUGCUUCAAUCACCGCAAGAAGGCAGAUAACAGCUACAUCAGAAGCUACAGUAACCCAUUUUAGGACCUCAGAAAUGGUGGAACCUCGUGCUUCCAUAGUUGGAAAACAGAGGACUGUUGACUUUGUUCACACACCUUCAUCAAAAGGGAACUACACACCUGACACAAGUACUGUUUUCACCCCUCCUCAUGUAGAGACUCCGGAAAUGGCACAUAGUGAACACUGCCGUUCGUCAUCUGUUCUCCACCUCCUCUUUUCUCCAAGUCAGUCAAAGACUCCUCCAAGAACUCAAAGCUUGGGCCUGUUAGUGAAAGAAACACCAGAGAGAGACUAUGGUUUGAAAGUGACUUGGAGAAGGAGGAAAAAUAUAAUGAAAUUACUUACACAACGACGUCAGCUCUUGGUUAGUGAGGCAAUGAUCAGCAAUCAGUGAUUAUAAGUUGUGAUUAAUAAAUGAAAUGCUUUUUUUGUUUACUAUGACAUACUGUGUAAAAGACCACAUAUUUGCACUUUUUAAAUAAUGAUUUGUGCUACAUAUAAAAAAGGUGAUCAAAGGUG